UUAUCAUGAAAUUUGCUAAAUGUCUUCGAGCCGAAUUGGUACCAGAGUGGAAAGAGAAAUACAUUGAUUAUGAAGGCUUGAGAAUUAUUUUAAGCGCAAUCGACUUGGUACCAACCAGUCAAUCUACCCCUUUCUCACUUACAAAUAAUGAUUUUACAAUAUCGAUACCUCAAAAAACCACGGGAACUUUAAAAACAAAUCCUUUAUCUAGUAUAAUUUCAAGAUCAAGUAGUUUGAUGAAAAGAAUGUCUAAAACCUGUUCAAACGUUAUACAAAAGCGGAUAUACUCUUCACAAAACGUGAAUAAUCCUAUAAUGUCAUAUGAAUCUCUUUGGAAUCAAAUUACUCCUCAUGAAAAGGAGUUCUUUAUGACUUUAGAAGAUAAUUUAAACAAAGUUGAAAAUUUCUACGAAGCGAAAUUAAGUGAAGCCUUAAGACAUUUUGACGAACUAAAAAUACAAUACAAAUGU